GCUGUGAGGUGGGUCGCCUCCUCUUUCCGUUCUUCGUGGAGCACUGCGAAUUUUGUGAGCAUUGAGCAGUCCCAACUGGUUGCUUUCCCGCCGCUUACCACAUUUCUAGAGGAGGCUCUUGUCGAAUUGCUUCGACAAUGCUGGACACGCUUUGUCGCCAUUCGGACUUCACCUCAAGGGAGCCAGUUGCAAUUGUCGCUUGUCCAGAAGUGGCAACCCCAUCUCCAAUUAUUCCGCUGACGCCCCUUCCCAAACUGGUGACUCAUCGAUCGACAGGCCUAUCCAGCCCAGCUGGUGGGGUUGAGACGCGCAGCAACAGGCAAAGUUUCAGAGUGCAGUGGUGUAGAAGUGUACCUGGCAAUGACACUCGUUUGAGUCUUGAGCCUCCGAACGGGUUGCCAGUUUUUGCUACUCUCGAAGAAUCGCGUCCACUGUCACUUUGGACCUGACGCGAGUGGGUUUGUGAUAACGAGUAUGCUGUUUCCACCCAUGCGUGGCUGUGUUACAUGUGCAUGCUUGAUCUGGUUUAAUACAUAGUUUGCCAUUCCAUUCUAGCAGGUCUUGCGAGAUAUCGAAAGGAUACGAGAAUCCAGUUCAUGUUUUGUUGGGAGGAGCAUUUAGAGCAGUGUCUUCGCCGCCAUCGUCUAGUAGGAACAAUUAUUUCAAAGCUCUAAGACGGCUGCACUCUUUCUUCUGUUCGACGGGAUUAAAUGGAUAACAGAGAAAGUUUAGUCGCCGGAAUGUUAGCUGGUAUUACCAAGAUGACAAGAAACUGAAGCAUCGCUUUCGGGACUGUAUCCUGGACCAAGAUGGGUCCUGGUCAACAAACGAUCAGCGGCGAUGUUGAGAAGUUGGCGAGGAGUUCCCCUGGGAGAGAUUUUCUGAGCAUGGACAAAAGGAAACUAGUAACUGGAGCCCUAUGUGUCUCCUUCCUCACUCUCGUGAUCGUAUCUUACUACAUGUACUUUGAGACUCCUGCUACCUCAACGGAAGCCAUGGUUUUUCUUCAGGAAAAGCCCUUCCCGAAUUCACUCGAGGAAGGUACAAAUACCUCUUCAUUCAACAGUGACACAAACGGAAGUGAUUUCCAGGUGCAACCGACUGUGGAAGGCACUGAGAACCUCACAGACACGAAUAAUCCUGUUACAGGUCCAGCAGAAGCUAUCACAGAAGCUGAUGCAUUGGUGAAGGAUACGGACGCGAGUGAGCAGGAGGAAACAAAAGGAGAUUCUGAGACCACCACAGACAGCUUGAGUUCAAUUUCUGUAGAAUCCAGUCCUCAAGUGGAUGCAACGGUUGAACCACCGACAGAGCUUGAGGGCCCAAACUUCUUGACUGGUUCAUCUAUCGGGAAUGAUACCUCGAAGCAGAAUGAAGAUGAUCUUUCAGACACGGAACGGUCUGAUUCGAGUGGGAUUGCAAUGGAGAGUCCACAGCUCACUAAUAUCACAAGCCCAGAGAACCCAGGGGCCUGUGAUUUGUUUGAAGGCAGUUGGGUACCAGACACACGUCCUCCCCAAUAUACCAACUCCACCUGCAAGUUCAUUCAAGGGCACCAGGAUUGCAUGAAAAAUGGACGGCCAGACACGGGGUACCUACACUGGAAGUGGCAACCAUACGAAUGUGACUUACCUAGAAUUGACGCCCGAGCUUUCUUAAGCACCAUGCGUGGUCGCUCUGUUGUUUUCGCAGGAGAUUCAAUUUCUCGCAACCAGUUUCAAUCUCUUCUUUGUAUUCUGUCACAGGCUGAGAUGCCGUUUCCGAAGUACCAAUCACCAGACUAUAAAAAUAUUGUCUAUGUCUUUCCCUCAACCAACUUCACUUUCACAAUCCGCUGGUCUCCAUUUCUUGUGCACGUGGAAGAAAAGCAGGUCACACGUUCGGACAACGAAACAAUAACUGUGCCCUACAUUCACAUCGAUGAACUCGACAAAACUUGGGCUGACUAUGCACGCGGCGCUGACAUUCUGCAAUUAUCCACUGGUCAAUGGUGGUUUCAGCGCGCCCUUUUCCUGCAAGGCGGUCAACCCAUAGGUGGUCACACAUGUGAUGGAUGGGAAACUGAAUGUAAGGAGAUCGGCUUUUUUGACGCUUACCGCACAGCCAUACGUAACGUCUUGCAGGGUAUUUUAUCGAUACCUGGAUUCACUGGCACCGUUGUGUUCCGAUCCUUUUCUCCUGACCAUUUUGAGAACGGAAGAUGGGAUAACGGUGGCGAAUGCGUGCGCACUACACCCGGAGGGGUGGCCAUGCUCUACGUAACCAAGUGGAUGCUUGACAUUCAAAAGGAAGUAUUUCAGAACGUUACAGGUACUUUAAAUGCGGCUGACAAGCCCCGAAUCAAGUUGUUGAAUGUCACGAACAUUGCUCAAUUUCGAGCCGACGCUCAUCCAAACGUGUACAGAACGUUUCAACCUUACUCAAAAGAGCACCAGGGAUUCAUCCAGAAGGAUUGCCUGCACUGGUGCCUUCCAGGUUCCAUCGACACAUGGAACGAUCUCCUCGUGCAAUUAUUGCAAGAUGUAAUACAUCGCUGAUGGAAUUCUUCGCCACCACCAGGCUUUUACUUCACUUCUCUGUGUUAUCCAUUCCGAUUGUUAUCCAUUCCGAUUGCAGGAAACCUGCUAAAUCCGGCACACCGAACCAUGUGUUAUCCAUUCCGAUUGCAGGAAACCUGCUAAAUCCGGCACACCGAACCAUCCAGAGGGAGACCAUCUAGACAAACAGGUGAGUUGACACUCUUUGAAAGUGCAUGAUGCUUAAGCAAUUCUCCAAACUUUGAAACCUAGAGAGAAGUUGGGUGAUGAAGAUUGCCCACUUUCAAUAGAGAAGGGAGUACUCAUAGUUUGGAAAGGCACUCAAAGCCUCAUUUGGAUACUAUGGUAGAACGAAGUCAGUGUAUAAUUUCUAUGGCGAAGCUACAGCGUCGAGCGUGCCGAAAUUGCUUUGUUGUGCAAAGCUUUCAGUCUCACGUCGUCUUCACGAUUCAUGGUUUGUAACCCACAAUUUGCUUGAUCGUGAUCAACACAAAAUGAAAUAGACUGGAUUUUAUGAA